GGGAGCUCAGGGACCUGGACUGGGCACCUUUUGUCAAGCAUGACGGUUCAGAGAGGAUUUUGAAACCCAACCAGGAGCAGCUUGAGCACGGCCCGUCCCAGUGGGGACUGGGGCGCCUGGAGGCCGCCUUCCUCCACACCCCUCCUCCCCUCGAAGGCCGACACUGCCAAAGCGUCUCCCACACACCUCCCCAGAAAGUCCCUGGCUUCCCUCCCAGCCGCCUCGCGAUUGACCUCAUGAGGUGGGAGCCGAGGUCCUCCCGCUCUGAAAUCCUUGAAGGAGUGGUGAACUCCUAUACCCCUUGUAACCCAGCUGAAUAUUUUCCAGGUUACCUAACCAAACUCCUGCAAAACCACACCGCCUAUGCCUGUGACGGGGACCAUUUGAAUCUGCAGUGUCCUCGGCAUUCCACGAUAAGUGUCCAGUCGGCAUUUUAUGGGCAAGAUUACCAAAAGUGUAGUCCGCAGCAGCCUGCCUCCCAGAGGGAAGACAGCCUAACCUGUGUGGUGCCCACCACACUGCAGAAGGUGCUGGACGAGUGUCAGAACCAGCGGGCCUGCCACCUCCUGGUCAAUAGCCGUGUUUUUGGACCUGACCUUUGUCCAGGAAGCAGUAAAUACCUCCUGGUCUCCUUUAAAUGCCAACCUAAUGAAUUAAAAAACAAAACCGUGUGUGAAGACCACGAGCUGAAACUGCACUGCCACGAGUCCAAGUUCCUCAACAUCUACUCUGCGACCUACGGCAGGAGGACCCAGGAGAGGGACGUCUGCUCCUCGGAAGCCGGAUGGCUCCCCCCCUUUGACUGUCUGUCUUACUCGGCUCUGCACGUGUUAUCCAGGAGAUGUUAUGGGAAGCAGAGAUGCAAAAUCCUCGUCAACAACCACCACUUCGGAAGCCCCUGUCUGCCAGGAGUGAAAAAAUACCUCUCGGUCUUCUACGCGUGUGUUCCCAAGAAUAUACUCACAGCAAUUGAUCCAUCAGUUGCUAAUCUAAAACCUUCUGUGAAGCAGAAAGACGGUGACUAUGGUGUAGGCCUUGACCCAAGGGAACCGAGGAUUCUGAGGAAAGAUGGCGUGAUUGUCAGCCACUCGUUGGCAGCAUUUGCUUACAUUAGAGCCCAUCCCGAGAGAGCCGCCCUGCUGUUCGUGUCCAGCGUCUGCAUCGGUCUGGCACUCACGCUGUGUGCUUUGGUCAUCAGAGGGUCCUGCACCAAGGACCUCCAGGAGCUGCAGCUGGCCAGGGAGCACCUGGUGCCAGGAAGCGACGAGGCCGAGGAGGACAGCCAGGAUGAGGAGGGCGAGGAGGACUCCUCUGACUCCGACUUCCCGGGGGAACUGUCGGGGUUCUGUAGGACUACGUAUCCUGUCUACAGCUCCAUAGAAGCUGCAGAACUGGCAGAAAGGAUUGAGCGCAGGGAACAGAUCAUCCAGGAAAUAUGGAUGAACAGUGGCUUGGACACUUCACUCCCAAGAAACAUGGGCCAGUUCUACUGAGAGCCAGAUACAUCUUGACGUGAGCACACUUUCCGAGGAGGGAAGGUUCCAGAAGCCCCUCCAGCUCUGUUCCAUUUGUACCUUCUGUGAAGGAGAAUCUGUCAUGCCAUCCAAUCCUGGGGAAGCCAGAAAGUUCUUAAAGGGACAUUUCAAACUGUUUACAGCACAUCUCAAAAUAAAUUGGAGGGGAGAAGUCUUUGUCUCCUGU